AAAUUUUUUACUGAUAGGGGUGCGCAAAAGUUCAGAGACCACUGGAUUAGAGCAUUGCGCUGACUGGUCAAAAGAUGGGGAGAGGUUGGAGAAGGGUCUUUUUCUUUUUAAUAUACAUUUCAAACGUUUCCUGCCAGCUCUAGCAUACAACAGGCUGCCACCGAAUCAGAAACGGUGGGUACCGUCCAAUGGGCACAGCACAACCCCAGGCGCUGUGGAGCCUGGUCCGGGGUAGUAGCUCCGCGCAGGGUCGAGAGCAGAGUUCUUACGCUUUGGCUGGCAACAGCUGUGCUGGAUAUUGGCCAGUGAGGUGCGGGGCUGAAGUGGAAGGACGGAGGAGAGCGGAUGGACGGAGAAGAGGGGCGGGGAGACAAGAGCCGGGGGGAAGAGAAAUGAAUAAGGGAAGGGAGAGAGAAGGGCAGAGGGAACGGGCACAUGGCAGGGGCCUGGCUGUGCGACUCUCUCCAAGACGCUUGACCUUCAGUCCCGUCCCUUGGCCCUUUACUACCAAAAGGGAGUAUUGAGGACACAACUAGCCCGCGGAGAAGGGUGGGAAGCCAGUCAAUUGUGACGCUUCCCCCCAGUAGGGAGCCGCCAUAUUGCAAUACGGAAGAGAGGCGCCAUUUUGCAUCACGGAAGAUUUGCUGGCUCUUCCUCUCCAACAGGGCGCCGCCAUUUUAGAUUACGGAAUUCCUGGCCCCCCAGUGGUGGAGGUUCUCCACUAGGGCGCCGCCAUUUUGGGUUACGAACGAAACGGCAACCCACAGGGGUCCUCACCCUCCCUUCGUUUAGGUGUCUUCAUAAAAUGCCCGCUGAGAAUCCCCUAUUUUUUCGCCCCGCUCUCAAGAUGGCGUCGAUGCGGGAGAGCGACACUGGCCUGUGGCUACACAACAAGCUGGGCUCCACGGACGAGCUGUGGGCGCCGCCGAGCAUCGCCUCGCUGCUCACGGCCUCGGUGAUCGAUAACAUCCGCCUCUGCUUCCACGGCCUCUCCUCGGCCGUCAAGCUCAAACUGCUGCUGGGGAUGCUGCACCUGCCCCGCCGGGCGGUGGAUGAGAUGAAAGGUGCACUGACUGAAAUUAUCCAGCUCGCUACCUUGGAUUCAGACCCCUGGGUCUUAAUGGUAGCUGAUAUUUUAAAAUCCUUUCCAGAUACUGGCUCCCUUAACCUUGAUCUUGAAGAACAGAAUCCCAAUGUUCAAGAUAUUUUAGGAGAACUUAGGGAAAAAGUAAGUGAAUGUGAAACAUCAGCUAUGUUGCCGUUGGAGUGCCAGUACUUAAACAAAAAUGCCUUGACAACACUAGCUGGGCCACUUACUCCCCCAGUGAAACACUUCCAGCUGAAAAGAAAACCCAAAAGUGCCACUCUUCGAGCAGAACUCUUGCAGAAAUCAACAGAAACCGCACAACAGCUCAAGAAGACUGCAGGAGUGCCUUUCCAUGCCAAAGGGAGGGGGCUGGUCAAAAAAAUAGAUACAACAACCCCGCUCAAAGGAAUACCAAAACAAGCUCCAUUCAGGAGUCCCACAGCACCUAGUGUAUUUAGCCCUGCUGGAAACAGAACCCCUAUACCUCCUUCAAGAACACCUCUGCGCAAAGAAAGAGGAGUGAAGCUACUAGAUAUCUCAGAGUUGGAUAUGGUUGGUGCUGGUCGUGAAGCAAAGAGAAGAAGAAAGACUUUAGAUACAGAAGUGGUGGAAAAACAAGCCAAAGAGGAAACAGUAGUGGAAAAUGCAACUCCAGAUUAUGCUGCUGGCCUUGUGUCUACCCAGAAACUUGGCCCUCUGAACAAUGAGUCUGCACUACCUUCUACAAGCUAUUUGCCUGCAACCCCCAGCGUGGUUCCAUCUUCCUCCUAUAUCCCAAGCUCCGAAGUGCAGCCAGCUGGAUCUGUGCGAGAGGCCAUACAGACUAACAGGCAACCCGAAGAGCCUACAGCUCCAAACACUACUCCUCUUCCUGCUCAGUUCAAACAACGAACACCCAUGUAUAACAGUAACUCAAAUCCAGCUGCAGCCACACCUACUUCACCCCUAACACCUACUACGCCUCCUGCCAUUUCCCCUGCCGCACAACCUCCACAAGUAGCCCCCCAAACUCCGCAGCAGCCACCACCCAAGAAAAGCCUUUCUCUCACGAGGGAGCAAAUGUAUGCCGCGCAGGAAAUGUUCAAGACUGCAAACAAAGUUACCAGGCCAGAAAAGGCUCUGAUCCUUGGGUUCAUGGCAGGAUCCAGAGAGAAUCCUUGCCAAGAGCAAGGCGACAUCAUUCAGAUUAAGCUUAGCGAGCAUACAGAAGUUUUACCAAAGGCCGAUGGCACUGGGAGCACCACCAUGUUAGUUGACACAGUCUUUGAAAUGAACUAUGCUACAGGCCAGUGGACCAGACUCAAGAAGUACAAACCUAUAACGAAUGUUUCCUAAGAGAUUCA